AUGGCGUCUCUAAAUGUGUCUGGAGAAGAGCUUUCUUGUCCUGUGUGCCGUGAUAUCUUCAAGACUCCUGUUCUUCUGUCAUGUAGUCACAGUUUCUGUAAAGAGUGUCUUCAUCAGUUCUGGAGAACUAAGGAAACUCAGGAGUGUCCUGUCUGUAGGAGACGAUCCUCAAGACUUGAACCUCCAGUUAGUCUUGCGUUACAAAGCCUGUGUGAGUCGUUCCUGAAGCAGAGAAAUGAGAUCUGCAGCUUACACAGUGAGAAACUCAAAUUCUUCUGUGUGGAGGACAAACAGCCGGUGUGUGUGGAGUGUGUUAGCUCACAACAACACCACAAUCACACAUUCAGAUACAUCAGUGAAGCUGAUCCAUCACAAAAGAACAAAAAUGAUCUGAUAAAGAAAAGCAUCUUAAUUGAAGAUGGGAAUCCUGCUCGAUACCGUCUGAAAACAAGUACAGAGAAUUUGAAUCAAACUGAACCAUACAGAAAAAUGACCUUUGGAGAGAGAGAUAGACACAAACCACAUAAAAUUAUACUGCUGGUGGGAGAAACAGGAACAGGAAAAACAACCCUGAUCAAUACAAUGAUCAACUACAUGUUGGGUGUUCAGAGAGAAGACAAGGUUUGGUUUGAGAUCACAGAUGAUCAGAGCGACCGAUCACAAGUUCACAGUCAGACCUCCAGAGUCACUGUUUAUGAGUUUUAUCCACACGAGAGUCCAAAACAUUUAACAAUUAUCGACACUCCAGGAUAUGGAGACACACGUGGAAUCAAUCAUGAUAAAGAGAUCACUGAGAGUUUGCUCAGUUUAAGUAAAUUUGAUGACUGGGUUCAUGAAAUACAUGCAGUGUGUCUGGUGAUUAUGGCCCAUCAAAACCGUCUCUCUGACAGACAGAUCUACAUAUUUGAUGCUGUUCAGUCUUUAUUUGGAAGAGAUAUUGCUGAAAACAUCAUCUUACUCUUCACACACUCAGAUGGAAUGUCUCCUAAAAAUGCUCUGACCGCUGUUAAAGAGGCUAACAUCAAGUGUGCAUUAAAUGAGCAGAAUCAGCCAGUGUUUUUCCUGUUUAACAACUGUCAGACAGACUCUGCUGAAGAUGAAAAACAUAAAAAGAUACGGGAACAAUCAUGGGAUCACAGUUUUAGUGGAAUGGAUCAGCUCUUCAAGUUUCUUGACACAAUAAAACCAAAAUCCUUGAAGAUGACUCAAGAUGUGUUGAAUAAACGGAAGCAGUUGGAGGCAAAUAUCUCUAAUCUACAAUCACGAGUUCAAAUGAUGGAACUGAAGCAGAAUGAGCUGAAACAAACUCAAGAAGCUCUGGAGAACAACAAGAAAGAGGCUGAAGAAAACAAGAACUUUGAGUAUGAAGUUGAAGUGCCCUACAAAGUGAAGGUUGAUAUUGAUCCUACUGUAGCCAGUGUGGCGAUGUGCUGCACCGUCUGUGAGGAGAACUGUCAUUAUCCAGGAUGCUGGUGGAUCACUGGUCUCUCGUGGUGUGAAGUGAUGAGAAAUAAUCACUGUACAGUGUGCACUAAUAAAUGCCACUACAGUAACCACGUCAAAGAAGCAAAAAUAUAUGAAACAAAGACAAGGACAGAGAAGAAGACUUUUAUAGAAUUAAAGAAGAAAUAUGAUGGUAAGAUUAGCGAUGGUGUGUCUGUGGUCAAGAUACUGGAAGAAGAACUGCAAGAAUUAGAGAAAGAGAAAAGAAAUCUGGUGAUUGAAGCUUUUCACUGUGUGGAAACUCUGGAGAAGAUCACACUCAACACUGAUUCACUGAUCAGACUUCAGCACAUUGAUUUUCUGAUUGAGAAGCUGAAGGAAAUAAAUGAGCCUGAAAAAGCCAAAACACUGGAAAACAUCAGGAAGAGAUCAGGAGAAAAACUAGGAGCAAUUGCAUACUCAACUUGUAAGACUUAA